AUGCCAAAGGAAAGCUUUCACUCAAACAUUUCGGCCCCCGUAGGCGACGUCCCCAGCCAGAACCGCCGGAGUUUGGUACGAAACGACAGCUUUGCUGUCGUGCACGUUCUUGAAAACCUCAGAAUCGCCGACUGGGUGGAAGCCAUGGUGGCGACUUCUUCUUCCGAGCCUCCCACGACCGCAGUUCUGGAGCCUUACGGGCAAGUACCGACCGCAUUUUCGAGAGAUGCGGUCCUGUCAAAGGACGGUCCAUCCACGAGACUUGCGCCUCCUGCCCAUGCAGUGCCGGUAUUAGGGUCAUCAAACGACACAGGGCACAAGAAGUUCUUUAGCACAUGGGGAAGGGCAAGGCCAUCCAGGAGCCGACUGCCUACCAGUGGAACCCUGUCGGGCCUGCCUGGCCCAGCAACGACAAGGCCGCCGAGCGAGAAAAUGCAGCCAUCGAGCUUGUCGAGAACGGCAUCUGGAAAGGAAAACCCACAACCGCCUCAGCAGGGCCAUCUGCCCAAGUCGAAGACGAUGAAUGAGGUUCUUCACGGUCUGAAGAGUUCAUUUUCGCGGACCAACUUGACCAGGAGAAUGCCUGCGCCGUCCGCCUCCAUGCGCUCGCAAACCCCCAGCCAACACCAGCGUUUCAAGGCACCACAGGAUCCAGCGUUCUCACCAUCAACGCAAGAUACGGAGACGUCGCAGUCAGCUUCACAUGUUCUCCUGCCUUGGCGGAGCUCUCUCGAUUCUCCCUCGGAUCAAAGCCUGCCUGGACAGGCUCGCCCCUCGACCGAGCCGCGUCCUAACUCGGCGGCAUCUACCCAUCGUUCGACCCGUACCGAACGUUUGAGCCAAUUCAUACAGGAAUUUACACCCAUAACCGUUGCUCUGCCCUCGCAGGAGUGGACCGGACGGUUCAGCACACUCGAUAGCGAGUAUCGCAGCCAAGGAAUUGAUGACAAGCUCCUUGUCUGCCUCAAGGCUGGCCUCUCGGCGCAGAAGCGCUUUGAUUUAAAGCUCAGAGAUAUUCGGACCGAGGACGCUCGCAACCUGGCCGUGUUUGCCCAGCUCGAGAUGCUUUGCGUCACGAACGAGGCAAAGCAAUCUCUGCAAGAGUUCCAGGACACGUUCGCCCGUCGGUUCCGUCGCUCGAUACUGAGGCCCGGGCGCGCCGAUUUCCAGGCAAGGAGGCUCGUUGAAUCCUUUCCACCGUCUAGCAAGGGCUCGAGCUCAGCCUCGCCGUCAGUGAUGCACUCGUCAAGGCCGACGUCUACGGCAAGUGAAAACUUGUCCUGA